AUGGAUUUAAAAGAUUUUUAUCUGUUGGCUGCCAUAGUUGCCUGCUUAUGGCUGGAUCCAGCCAUAGCUCAAGAGCUAAUUUACCCUAUCAGAGAGGAGUUGCAAGAAAAUGUUCUCAUUGGAAACAUACCAAAGGACUUGAACAUCUCCCACACGAAUGCGGCCACUGGCACCAGUGCUAAUCUGGUUUACCGGCUGGUGUCAAAAGCAGGGGACAAUCCGCUGCUACGAGUAGUGAGCAACACAGGGGAGAUCUUUACAACCUCAAACCGGAUUGACAGGGAGAAACUCUGCCCCGGCCCGUCAUUUGAGGAUGCUGAGUGCUCUUUUGAAAUUGAAGUGGUCAUACUGCCUAACGACUACUUUCGAUUGAUCAAAAUCAAGAUCAUUGUCAAGGAUACUAAUGACAAUGCCCCGAUGUUCCCGUCUCCAGUGAUAAACAUUUCCAUCCCAGAGAAUACGCUGAUCAACAACCGUUUUGCCAUCCCCUCGGCAACGGACCCCGACACUGGACCCAACAGCGUGCACAAAUACGAGUUGGUUAAUGGACAGAGUGCCUUUGGCUUGGAUAUUGUGGAGACGCCAGAGGGCGAGAAAUGGCCCCAGCUCAUUGUGCAGCAAAACCUAGACAGGGAGCAAAAGGAUACAUAUGUGAUGAAGAUCAAAGUGGAGGAUGGUGGAAAUCCUCAGAAAUCCAGCACGGCCAUUCUCCAGGUGACCGUAACCGAUGUCAAUGACAAUCGGCCAGUGUUCAAAGAGAGUCAGAUUGAGGUUCACAUUCCGGAAAGUUCACCGGUAGGCACCUCAGUCGUUCAGCUACAAGCUACAGAUGCAGAUGUUGGUGCCAACGCAGAAAUAAAAUACUCGUUUGGUACUCAGGUGUCUCAAUCUACACGAAGACUUUUCGCUUUGAACUCAACCACUGGUCUUAUAACUGUGCAAAGGCCAUUAGACAGAGAGGAGGCUGCCAUCCACAAACUCUCCGUAUUAGCGAGUGAUGGAAGCUCCAGUCCAGCAAGAGCCACAGUCACCAUUAAUGUGACAGAUGUGAAUGAUAACGCUCCAAACAUUGACUUGAGAUAUAUCAUCAGUCCAAUCAAUGGCACAGUGCGACUCUCCGAGAAAGAUCCAAUCAACACGAAGAUUGCUCUUAUCACAGUGUCUGACAGGGAUACAGAUGUAAAUGGCAAGGUUAUCUGCUUUAUUGAGAAGGAUGUUCCUUUUCAUCUUAAAGCAGUUUAUGACAACCAGUACUUAUUGGAAACCUCUGCGUUGCUUGAUUACGAAGGCACCAAAGAGUACAAUUUCAAAAUCGUAGCCUCUGACUCUGGGAAACCAAGUUUGAACCAGACUGCAUUAGUCAGGGUUAGGCUGGAGGAUGAGAACGACAAUCCCCCUAUUUUCAGCCAGCCAGUGAUCGAACUGACAGUUAUGGAAAACAACAAGCGUGACUUGUUCCUCACAACAAUCAGUGCGACAGAUGAGGACAGUGGGAAGAACGCAGAGAUUGUCUACCAGCUAGGACCCAAUGCAUCCUUUUUUGACCUGGACCGUAAAACAGGAGUACUCACCGCUUCACGGGUCUUUGACCGGGAGGACCAAGAACGGUUCCUGUUCACGGUGACGGCAAGAGACAACGGCACUCCCCCGCUUCAGAGUCAGGCAGCUGUCAUAGUGACCAUAUUGGACGAAAAUGACAACAACCCCAAGUUCACACAUAACCAUUUCCAGUUCUUUGUUUCGGAGAACUUGCCUAAGUACAGUACCGUUGGAGUGAUCACCGUCACAGACGCAGACGCGGGUGAAAAUGCUGCGGUGACACUGUCCAUACUCAACGAUAACGAGAACUUCAUCCUUGACCCAUACUCUGGAGUUAUUAAGUCCAACGUUUCCUUUGACAGAGAACAGCAGAGUUCAUACACUUUUGAUGUCAGAGCAGUGGACAGUGGUCAUCCUCCUUGCUCGUCGGCUGCCAAGGUGACCAUAAAUAUUAUUGAUGUCAAUGACAAUACGCCAAUUGUCAUCUAUCCUCCGUCAAAUGCCUCAUUCAAGCUCGUGCCCCUCUCCGCCAUUCCUGGGUCGGUGGUGGCCGAGGUAUUUGCUGUAGAUGGUGAUACAGGGAUGAACGCUGAACUUAAGUACACCAUAGUGAGCGGUAAUGUCAAGGGCUUGUUUAGGAUCGAUCCGGUGACUGGAAAUAUUACUUUAGAAGAGAAACCCACUGAUUCAGACAUUGGCCUUCAUAGGCUGGUUGUGAACAUCAGUGACCUUGGUUACCCGAAGUCCUUGCACACACUUGUCCUGGUUUACCUUUAUGUGAAUGACACCGUGGGUAAUUCGUCCUACAUUUAUGACCUCAUUCGCCGCACCAUGGAGACACCAUUGGACAGAAACAUUGGGGACAGCAGUGGCACGUACCAGGAUGGGGACAAUGUGAAGAUCAUGAUCGCUAUUGUGGCGGGAGCCAUGGUGGUGAUCGUGAUCAUCUUCAUCACCGUUCUGGUGCGUUGUCGCCAUGCCUCGCGUUUCAAAGCAGCCCAAAGGAAAAAGCAGGGUGCUGAAUGGAUGUCACCUAACCAGGAGAACAAACAAAACAAGAAGAAGAAGCGUAAGAAAAGGAAGUCACCCAAAAGCUCCCUGUUGAACUUUGUCACCAUUGAGGAAAACAAACCCGACGAUCCGACGCACGAGCCAAUCAACGGCACCAUUAGUCUCCCAGCUGAGCUGGAAGAGCCCGGAAUCGGACGCUUUGACUGGAAUGCCACUCCCACCACGACCUUUAAGCCCAGUAGCCCCGAUCUGGCACGACACUAUAAAUCUGCCUCACCCCAGUCUGCUUUUCACUUGAAAGCCGACACCCCAGUGUCUGUGAAAAAGCACCACGUCAUACAAGAGCUGCCACUGGACAACACCUUCGUUGGUGGCUGUGACACCCUCUCCAAGCGGUCGUCCACCAGCUCAGACCAUUUCAGUGCCUCGGAGUGCAGUUCCCAAGGAGGGUUCAAGACAAAGGGACCCUUACACACCAGACAGUGCACUAGUGUUUCUAAAAGGAUAUCUGACUCAUUGCCUCUCUUCACACAGAAGAUUCCGGGUCUCUCCCUGUAUGAUAUCAAAAAGUCUCAGGAGAGUUUUGAUGAAUCUCAGCGACGUGUCACGUUUCACCUGCCGGACGGCUCUCAGGACAGCUGCAGUGACAGCGGCCUGGGGGACCACGAGCCCGUGGGUAGUGGCCCCCUCCUCUCACACCCUCUCCCUCUGGUGCAGGCACAGGACGACUUCUACGAGCAGGCCUCGCCGGACAAGAGGACCGAAGCUGACGGAAACUCCGACCCCAACUCCGAUGGGCCCCUGGGGCCGCGGGGUCUAGUAGAGGCCACAGAGAUGUGCACUCAGGAGUGUCUGGUGCUGGGUCACUCCGAUAACUGCUGGAUGCCUCCCAGUCUCACCUCCUACCAGUCACCCAAGUCUCCCGUCUCCUCUUUUGCCAGCCAAAAGGAGUGGACCAAAGACAAACUUCUCAACGGCCACACCCUGACCCGCAGCUGGAAAAACGACAGCGGCGGACGCGACCAGUUCGGGGACAGGAAGCAGUUCGGAAGUUCGGAGGGACACUUCAACAGCAACAUGGCUGAUAUCCCAUUGGCCAGUUUGAAAUCAUACCAGCCAGCCUCUGGGCCAGACAGCCCAAAAGAACAGCAACUUUAA